AUGGAGCUGAAGCAAAGCCAUUCUGUGAGGCUGAAUGAUGGACACCUCAUGCCGAUGCUGGGAUUUGGCACUUAUGCUCCUGAUCAUCCACCCACCAGUUCACACCGUACAGCCACCCACUCAGUUCACACCGUGACAGUCAUCCACUCAGUUCACACCGUACAGCCACCACCAGUUCACACCGUACAGCCACUCCACUCAGUCUACACCGUACAGCCACCCACUCAGUUCACGGCAGAGAACUUGAAGUGUCACACUCUGGUCACAACCCCCAAGAGCAAGGCUGGUGAAGCCACCAAAGUGGCUAUUGAUGUAGGCUUCCGUCACAUUGAUGCAGCGUUCUUCUACCAAAACGAGGAGGAGCUCGGAAAGGUCAUUCGAGAGAAGAUUGCUGAUGGCACUGUGAAGAGAGAGGACAUUUUCUACACUACCAAGCUUUGGACAACUUUCUUUAGGCCAGAAUUAGUUCGCCCAGCCUUGGAAAGGUCACUGAAGAAACUUCAAUUGGACUAUGUUGAUCUCUUCAUUAUCCACAAUCCAUUGGCUAUGAAGUCUGGGGAGGAAUUGCUGCCUAAGGAUGCCAGUGGAAACAUUAUUUUUGACACUGUGGACCUUCGUGACACACGGGAGGCCCUGGAGAAGUGCAAAGACGCAGGUCUAACCAAGUCCAUUGGGGUGUCUAAUUUCAAUCGCAAGCUGCUGGAACUCAUUCUCAACCAGCCAGGGCUCAAGUAUAAGCCCACCUGCAACCAGGUGGAAUGUCACCCUUACCUCAACCAGAGCAAACUCCUGGAGUUCUGCAAGUCCAGGGACAUCGUUCUAGUCGCCUACAGUACCCUGGCAUCUCACAGAGACCCAAACUGGAUGGACCCAGAUAGCCCAUAUCUCUUGGAGGAGCCAACCUUGAAAUCCAUUGCCAAGAAACACAAUAGAAGCCCAGGCCAGGUUGCCCUGUGCUACCAGCUGCAGCGGGGGGUGGUGGUCCUGGCCAAGAGCUUCUCUGAGAAGAGAAUCAAAGAGAACUUCCAGGUACAGGUCAAGUGGUUUUGCUCCAAAGUGAGCCACGGUCACUGGUCUGGGCCAUCUCUCUUCCACGGGGGAAUGUGCCACAUGUCAUUCAUGCCCGUGCUUCUCUCCUCUGUGUGCGAAGGGAGGGGGGCAGGAUGGAAGAGUGUGAAGAGAGGUCACUGGAUUCACAGUUCUAAAGUUUAUCACCUCUAGGACUGACUUUGCCACUCACUAGUUGUGUGACACUAAGCAAAUUUCAACUCCACCAUUUUCAUGAGUUUCAGGAGUUCUACAUGGUAAAUAACUUUAAGAACCCUCAUUUCUCUCCUUCACCAUCUCUAUCUGACAAAUCUCCAUUUGUAUUUUAUGAUCAAACUCAAACAGGAUUACCUGCUUUGUUACAUAUCAUACAUACAUAACCAUUGGAACAACGUAGCACAUUUUUCACCACAAUAGGGCCUGGUGUGGUUCUGUUAGUGAGUCUUUUCCCUUUUAACUUAAUAUUGUUUUUCUCUAAGAUGUCAGUGUGCUCACUGGACUGUGAGACCCUAAAUGCAGUGACUCCUUCUGGGUCAUCUUUUAUCACCUUUCCCCUGGCAGUGCCCCAGGCAGGUGAGAAGCUAGGUAUAAUUUCAUAGAUUGACCAAAUUAUUAAUAGUAAAUCAAGGAGUAAAGAUUUUGCCUGAAGACUUCCUCAUAUACACUCCAAUCCAUUAGAUCAAUCAGUGGUCUUUAAUUUACUUUGUUUUGAAUUCUAAAAGAACUUUUAAAGACUAUGUAUGCUGUUGUCCAUGUAAAGAUGGCAGCUGGAAAAAUCAACAUGAGUUUAGUUAUUACAAAGGAUGAUAUUUGAAGCAUAUUUUCUAAUGUAUUUGCUUCACAACUUUGUAGCUCUAAAUUUUUAAAGUUAUACUAAAAUCAAAUAGGCAAAUCUAAAUCUUGCUACAAUAUAGAAAAAAAAAUCUUACUGUAUUUUAUUUUUCAAUUUAACUUAACAUGUUAAUACAUAUCCCUGUGACAACCAUGUCACUUUUGGGGUAUAUUUUAAGAUGAAUCACUGAUGGGUAAAUGUAUGGGUGGAUAGGUAGAUAAUGGGCAAAUAUAAGUAGAGAGAGAGAGAGAGAGAGAGAGAGAGAGAGAAUUAGAUAUGUAGGUCAUAGAUGGAUGGAUAGAUAGGGCUCUGAGUUUUCUGUCUUCUGCAUGAAAUAAUGAACUUAAUUUUUUUAAACCAAAUAUCUCUUUUCUUUGCUAUUAAGGGAUCCUUCAUCAGGGGUUAUGUGUCUAUAUGUUUUCAAAUAAAAACAACUCUUGGCCUAAAUAAGAUAAAUAUAUUCAAAGAAGUUUUUUUUUUUUUUUUUUGUAAGGAGUAGUAUUUGGUACUAUUUAGUAGUAGCUGGAAAUAGUAUUUGGGGGCCUGCAAUGAGCAAGUGGUAUGGUGGAACAAUUGAUAAGGAAAUGCUUUUCUAAGGCCAACAGAUUCUUGGAGCAAGGUUGUCCUGUGCUCCAAAGCUUGCACAAUCAAAGACUGGGUCAAGUUCCAGGGGAAGUGAGUAAGGAAAAUCCUCACCAAGUGUGGUCAAGUCAAGGAAGCAGGUAUUUUUUCUAGAUUUGCCUUUGUUUAGGAUAAAGAAUUUAUUUUUUCUGUCUCAAGCAAUUCUCUAGAAAUGUCUAAGAUUGAUAAGUUGUCUUUCUUUUAGAAGUGGAGCAGAGCAGGAGGAAGGUGGGAUGGAAAAGUAGCAGAACUCAGGGGGAAGAGGUCUCGGGGGGAAGAGGUCUCACCUAGAGUCCAAUGAGGACAGAAAUACUUUCCAUAUUGCCAUCCUUGCCUCUGCCCUCUGAAAGCCUUGUAUUCCCAGGAAGAAGCUGCUGUCCUGGGGACAGGUUAAUGUGUUUUCUUCCUUUCAGGUUUUUGACUUUGAGUUGACUCCAGAGGACAUGCAAGCCAUUGAUGGCCUCAACAGAAAUUUCCGAUAUGCUAAGUUACAAUUGUAAGUCAUGCUUGCAGAUUCUUUCACAGGCUAUUUUCUGUAAUAUGCAGGCAAACAGAGAAACACAUCUUCCCUAAAUCGGGAAGGCAGGCCAGAUUGCAGGAAUAGGUAUGAAACAGGAGCUUCCCUAUAGUCCUCAUUUGGCUCAAUCUCUGACCCAACAGGAAUGUGAGUCUGUAAGUGAAACUGCUGAUGUCUGCACCAUUGUGAAUGCACUUCUUCU